UUUUUCCGUUCCUAAAUAAUUAUUUAUUUAUAAUUUUUGAAAUUAUGCUUAAAUAGAGCCCUGUCCUCACGUGAAUGAUUAAAGAGAACCCCGAGAGAGAGAGAGAGAGGGAGAGAGGGAGAGAGAGAGAUGGAGGGAAAGUUGGAGGAAGUAAUGGUGAGCGGAAGUGCAGAGAAAUUGAAUGAAUUGAUAAAGGAAGACCCUUUUAUCAUUGACAGAGCUUUGAUCAGAGCUAUGGCGACUUCCUGUGGGGAAACUCCCUUGCACGUGGCCACCAUCUUGGGUCAUCGCGACUUAGCCAGCGAACUGGUCCGCAGGAAGCCCAGUCUGGCUUCUGAGGUGGACUGGCUUGGCCGCACCCCGCUUCACCUGGCUUCCGCCAGAGGCUUCACCCAUAUCGUCCGCCAGUUGCUAUUUCACGCGGACCACAGCAGCAUCCACCUGGCUUGCGACCGGGACGGUAGGACUCCGCUUCACCUCGCAGCGAUUGAAGGACAAACUGAGGUAAUAGAAGAGCUGUGUCGCCGCCACCCUACGUCAAUCGGAGAGAAGAGCAGUGGAGGACAGACGGUAUUACACUUGUGUGUGAAGUAUGACCGUCUUGAGGCUCUUAAGCUGUUGGUUGAAUCUGCGAGUCCCCAGUUUGUCAUGUCUAAAGAUGAUGAUGGCAAUACAAUUUUGCAUCUCGCUGCAUAUCUUCAACAAGCAGAGAUACUAAAAUACCUGGUUUCAAGCGGGGAAGUGUUUAAAGAUGCAGCAAAUGCAUUGAACAAGAACAGAUUCACGGCCCUCGAUGUUUUAGAGUACUGUCCAAACAAAGAUUUCAAAUUCCUGGAGACUUGCGCCCUUCUUCAAGAAGCCGGAGUUCGAAGAGCCAAAGAUCUUCCGUCAAUUGAAAAUACUACGCAUGCAACAGAAACUGCAAAUGACGUAGUUGAAGAAGGCCAGAUUACAGCAGAAACAAAUCCAACUGCAAAUGAUGUAGUUGAUGAAAGCCAGAUCACAGCAGAAACAAAUCCUCCACUGGCACCGCCCAAGAGCCGUAUUCAUCGGUUCGGACAUUGUGUGAAGCUCAAAUGGAAGGAAUGGUUCCCGACAGACGACGAAUGGAAAGGCAAGACGCGCAAGGCGUUGUUUGUGAGCGCCUCGGUGAUUGUAUCCAUGGCUUACCAAGCCGGACUGAACCCCCCAGGCGCGGUUUGGCAAGAAGUUGACCCUAAAAUUCCUAAGGAUGGCAAAAUUAGUGAAGAUAGUAUUGCACCGGAAGGAGCCUUUGCCUCAGCAGAGUCAACACCCAGACCACCACCCAACUAUGCAGGAAAGUCCAUUGGAGGCACGAUGGACAAAGACUGCUUCGACUAUUUUUCUGUGUUCAACACAUUGGUGUUCAUUUUGGGUGUAAGUGUCAUCAUGCUGCAGGGGGCUGGGAUUCCUCUAAUGAAGUCGAAGUUUCGCACAUGGCUUUCGGGCGUAACCGUGUGCCUCACUAUGUCCUUCGUGGUGCUCGCUUACUUUUUCGGCACAAAGCUAGUAGCGCCCGACAAAACAUUUAACACCGUCAUAGUUGGCGUGCUCUCCAUUUUUAAUUGGGAGUUGCUCUUGGUCCUACUGCUCUACGGGUUUUUUACCUUGGCGUGGGUGGUUAGGAUUGUGUUCGCUAUGUGCUCAAAAGGUUCCUAUUUCUUGACGCGGUUGUGGAGGAGCCAGGGCCACAGUUUGCAUGACAAAUUAGGAAAUGCGCAGCGGCCUUGGGUUCAAGAACAAGAAGCCACUGCUUGAAUCGCCAAACUCGAUCUGCAAUAUCACGCAAUCAUUAAAAUAUGUAGCGCCACUGCCUGCAUGCCAAUAUGGCAUGCUUCUAUUAGACGUCUUCCUUCAAAACCAGUAGUUAAAUCGCGUUUCUAUUCAAUAUGGCAUGUUUCAGAAUCUAGUAAGUUAAAGUUGCAGCGAACCGCUGUUUGUGACAAGGAUUGUGUAUGUGGAUGAUGGAUUAUUCAAGUUAUUUUACAAUUUCAACAAAAA